AUGCAUUUCAUCAAAACUUCCAUCCUAUCUGCCUUGGUCUUGACAGGCCAUGUUAUGACUGCAUCCGCCAUAAACCCGGACAUUUACAGUUACCCAGAAUGUGACAACACAACAUUACCGUCGCAUGGCAUUGGAGGUACUGCAAUUGAGAACUCGGUUAUCUGGCGUCACCCAGGUGGCGUCUCUUCUAUCUUCAGCAAUGACCUAAAUGAUGUUCUAUGCCACGUUCCAACAGCCGUUGUUGAUGAACUCAGGGAUGCGCAUGCCGAAACAGUUAAACGAGACUGCCCUGAUUGUGGAAAGUCCUGCUUAGGAAGUGCCUGUGUUAGUGGUGCCAAUUGUGCCAACAUAGGGUGUGUUCAGGGCUGCAUGGUGCGCUGGGAGUGCUCUGCCGAAUACUGCCCAGGACAAAUCACCAAUUGUCACUAUACCGCCACAAGCAUUACCAUUGGAAAUACAGUCCUUGAAAACGUUGGUACUGUAGUCACCGUCACCCGAAACCGGUCUACGUGUCGUCUGCUCUAUGCUUUGAUACUGCCGAGUGUAUCGUUGAGGACUCUGAAUCGAACCACCGGUGCCCCAGUGCCAUUUUCUAGCUUUGAUACCGUUACUUGGACCAAUGCCAAUGCUCAAGUCAACACUGCCACUACCGGUGCGGGGGCUGCUACUCCUUGGAAAAUGGUGCAAAAUGACAACACUCUUGCUUCCGGUAACCUUUCUGGUGACGAUGUGGUCAUCACUUACUGUUGGUGGUGGGAAGGUCGUCAAUCUCUGACUAGAGUUGCCAAACGUGAACUCGGACCUCUUAUUUAUCGAUCACAAGCCAACGUUGGAAAAUACUGGGUUGUGCACCAGCAACUUGAUUAUUCUUACUAUGAUAAUUUCCAAUAUAUUACAUGUUGUUUGUUUACUGGAACUCCAGUGUCCCGAUGUCAUAUAUUUAGAGAUUACAAAUACAUCAUACCAGCAAUCACUGCCAUAAUUUUCUCAAUCGUUGGAUACUGA